AUGGACGCAGUCGACGAGAUCCAGUUGGCUAGACUAGUCGCCGGUGUCAAACUGAGGUUUGCUGAGGAUGCAAGAUACUCGUUUGAGCGCUCCCUUGGAAUGGGGGCGCAGGGCAUUUGUUUCAAACUCAAGCGAAAUGACCUCCUGUCUACUGACUUCACAUAUGUAGCGGUCAAGAUCUCGUUUGAUAUGGGCGAGCUUCAGCGAAAUGAGAUGUUGGCACUACACGAUCUCCGAGGAGCUGAGCACAUAGUGAAGUUGCUUGCAAUCUCAAAUGAUCCCUUGGCUGGCGCUCCACAUCUAACUACCAAUUUCACUUGGCUUUAUAUGGAAUGGCUCCCCGGUGGAAGCCUAAUGGACUUCAUUGCGAAAGCCACCGCAAAAGAGGAGCCAUUGCCAAAUCGCCUACUUUGGAGGCUCUUCCUUUGCCUAACUCGCAUAGUGAUUGCAUUAGCUUGGCCCGGAGCCCACGACCCUACCAUAAACAAAUUAGAACAGCUACAGUACGUCCCAUCAAGCUUGGUGUAUCAAAACGACGAUAUUCAAGAUGGAAAUUUAAUUUUCGGGGCUUUGCCCAGUCAAGACACAGAACAUCACUUGACGCCGCCUCUGAAAAUGAUAGACGCUGGUUGUAUUGGUAUAGUUCGUCCUGAAGAUCCCGCAGAAUUCAAGGAGGCUGUUAAAUCGAUGACUGACCAGGUCAUCGACGAGAUCAUGACACUUCUUAUAGCAAUUGGGCGCGAGGACGACGAUGAAUAUGACGAUGGGACUCUGGAUGAAGCCCUGAGAACUCUUAUUCUGGGGCCACGAGAUGAAGGGGUCCGAGACGAAGAUAUGGAUUUGCCUGAUUUGUUCAAUCAAAUUUGGCUUGCAGUCGUGCAACGUGAUGCGGCUUGGUAUGCUGAAAAUAUGGGCAUUGAAGACGGCUCAGAAGAUGAUGAUAAGAUUACCGGUCUAAUAAUGGAGCUCAUCAUGAUGCCUCAGUUGGGGGCAUGGUAG